AUGCCACAAGAUGCCGUCUCGUCUUCGGCGCGAGGUGCAGUCGUUCUGAUUCUCCAACAGGUGGCAUCCCGCGCCGUGACCUUCAUCUUCAACCACAUCCUUCUCCGCUUCCUCUCGCCAGCACUGCUGGGAGCAUCGGUCCAGCUCGAACUGUACAUCAUAUCCGCACACCACUUCGCCCGAGAAAGUCUACGUGUGGCAUGCCAAAGACAACCUGAAGGAGGCAUGCAAGCCUCCAUCAAUCUCUCCUAUCUAGCCAUUGCCAGCGGCAUCCCCAUCGUCCUUGGUCUGGCACAAUGGUACCUCUCGACAUCGUAUCCGGAUGUGCCGUACUUCCCCGAAGCGCUCAGAAUAUGCGAGCUUGCAGCCAUCGUCGAGUUGCUCUCGGAACCUGCAUUUGUCGCAGUGCAGCAGAAUAUGAUGUACAAGACCAGGGCUGCUGCAGAGAGCAGUGCUGUCAUUGUGAAAACUGCUGUCACAGCCGCCAUGGUCUUCUGGAGCAGGUAUGCUGGAGUCGAGCUUGGAAUGCUGCCUUUCGCGGCGGGUGAGCUUGCAUACUGCUCUGCUCUGACAGCCGUGUACUUGCGGCAAACGGCCUCAGUGGCCAGGCAGCAGAGGUUCACUUUGCUACCCAAGAAGAUCGUGACCAAGAAGAGCACCGACUUCGUUCUUGGACUGUUCUCCACGUCACUUUUCAAUUUGAGUCUGUCGCUAUACGUCCAACAAGGCAUCAAGUAUGUUCUGACUAAAGGCGAUGUGCUUAUAAGCACAGCGUUGGCUACGCUCGAAGAGCAAGGCAUGUAUGCUCUUUCCGCCAACUAUGGCGGUCUCAUCGCGAGAAUGGUCUUCCGCCCGAUCGAAGACAGCAGCCGCAACCUCUUUGCGCAGCUCUGUGCUCCAGCUUCAGACAAGGAGAAGUCUCAAUCUUCAGAGAAGAAGACUUCGGCGUCCACGGAGCCCUCUCAGCCGAAAGCAAACCUCGAACAGGCAAAGACGACACUAAACCUGAUUCUGCACAGCUACAGCAUCCUAUCUCUGCUUGCGUUCGCCUUGGGACCGACAGCAGCACCUCUACUUCUACAAAUCGUCGCUGGGCCCCGCUGGUCCGCUUCAGGUGCCGGAGAUGUUCUCGGUAUAUACUGCUACAGCAUCCCACUCCUUGCCAUCAACGGCGUCAGCGAAGCGUUUGUUGCAGCAACGGCCUCCACCAAAGAACUGCAUUGGCAAAGCAUCUGGAUGACUGCUUUCUCGGCUGGGUUCGCGGCAAGUGCAUACGUCUUUCUCCGAGUUCUGGAGAUGGGUGCCAAAGGACUGGUCUGGGCGAACUGUGUCAAUAUGGCUUCGCGAAUCGUCUUCAACCUGUACUUUGUCAAGUCAUUCUUUCAGCGACACGGUCUGCAAUACAGUAUCGGCGAUCUUCUGCCAAGUAUGUAUGCCACUGCUGGUGCAGUCGUGGUUCCUGGCCUUCUGAACCAGACGAGCGGUAUGCUAGAUCGAUAUGGUUUGCUCGGCGAAUUGGCAAGAGUAGGAACUGUUAGUAUAGGUCUGGCCUUGUUUAUAGCUAUAAUAGAACGUCGAUUCCUUCUUAAUUACUAUAGAAGAGCGCGGUCGUAG